GGUGCUGCGUCCCACCGAAGCAAGAUGGAGGUUCUGCUGUGUCUGGUCAUUGCAUUCAUCCCAGUCGUGUAUGCAGGAAAUUGCAGUUACUGGCAACGUUUUGACAGACAGGUGACACUAGACAGUGUAAAGGCAAGGGAAUUUCCCUGGAGGACACAGGCGCUUCUUCAUCAAGAGACCUGUAUUGGUCUCUGUACCCAGGACGAACUCUGUACAGCUCUCACCUACCUUAAUGGCACGUGCAGCAUGUACAGAUCUUCUCUCACGUCCUCUGGGGAAUCUGUUCCUGGAUCCAAGCACUUCAUCAAGGCAGGAGCGCUUCCUGAUCCAGACCCAUGUCCUGUAUCUAUGGGGUACACGUCCGUCGUGUCUCCCCGGUUGUGUUACAAGAUAACUCCAAACGGCAGCUCCUCGUCCAGCCUGAGUUCUCUGUGUCAAAGUGAAGGCGGCCGGCUGGUCGUCCUCAACAGUCAGGAGAAGCAGGAGUUCAUGGCUUCACUCCAGAGGCACGAUGAUGUACCAGGAACUCUCUGGGUUGGAAUGCAGAGACUUGAAAACAACGUGUUUACCUGGCAGGAUGGGUCCACUUAUGUCUGGAUGUGGGGCUCAAACCAGCCAAAUGACAUUGCAGAUCAGAUCUGUGUUGUAUCGUUUAAUGGUGAAUUUUCAAACAGAAAUUGCAACCAGAAGAAUAAAGCUGUCUGUGAGAUACCUAUGUAAAUUCUCAGACUCCAGUACAAACAAUCAUUUUUAGAUUUUGAGAAUCCAUAGUGAUGCUGAGGUAUAUUUCUUGUGAUGAAUACAUUCGUAUGACUUUAAAAGUG